AUCGUUUUUGAUUGAUGCGAUCCACAACAACCAGAAGAUCAGAAUAAGUGAUAACCAGUCAGUAUGUAACUCCUCAAGGGAUUUGCGAUCCAGAACAAGCCAAAGCCAUAGCAAAGAAACUCUUUGAUUUGUACGAUAGAGACAGAAAUGGCAUCAUUGAUGGCCCAGAAGGUUAGAAAUAGAACCUAUAGUAGUUUCCCCAAUGUUGGUAGACGCCUAUCGAGGAAUGAGCAAGGCCUUCAAUCCAACUCAAGUAAAAUAUCAUAUUAAGAACAGGCAGAUGUGGAUACUUUCGUCUAGGUUUUGGAUGUCAACAGAGACGGCAAGAUCACCUAUUAGGAUGUGGAGAAUUAUGCUUUGCGCAUACUUGUUCAAAAUAAUAUUAAUUAUUUAGGCUGGUAUCCAACCACUACCCUCUUACAGCAUCCAAUUACCACCCUAGAGACAAUAUAAUAGAAUGGUCGAAGAGAGAUUGGAAGUCGCCAGAAGACUAUUUAAGAAAUUUGAUGUCACUCAAUGUGGUUUCUUGACUAGAAACGAAGUAAUUCAAAUAUACAGACAAUCGUUAGGUUCCAGGGUUGUUGAGGGAAACCUACAAGCAAUUGAAUAUUGAAUUCGAACCAACCCCUCAAGAUGUCCAAGCUUGGAUGGACAUGACCGACACAGAUUGCGAUGGCAAAGUAGCUUUACAGGAUUUCGAGUAAUCAAUUAUUAGGUCUUUGUAAGAAUAGGGCAUAUCCCUUUAUUGAAUGAGAAUAUAAAUUAAAAUAUUCAAUAAUU